ACAAAAUUAGAUAUGACACGUUGUGAAAGAGUCGCGCGAGGACUAAUUCUCGCAGUUUGAAAAAUAUCUUCAAGGAAAAAUAAGUGAAAGAAUGGGCGCAAAAAAUGAGGCAGACGAGAACAUGGGGAUAUGCAUCUCCCUCUGUUUAUGGAAGUGUCGAGUUGGAAAUCGACAAAGUGGAAGUGAACUUGCGAUGCAUGGAAUCGACGCGAUGGCAGUUAUUCUCAUUGGAGCCCCAAUUAGUCCGUGGCACGUGACAAUUUUUCGGAGUACCAAGAUCCAGACUGACAUGCUGUUUGGGAAAAAAGCUACUUUUAUUUGUAUGCAUCUUUGGUCGUGCUAGUACUAGGUACUUUAGCACCUCGAUUACCCUAACCCCAAAAAGGCUCACAAUUGCCCUCGUUUGCUGUCUUUUCUCCGCGACAGGGACCUUGUGCCACAUUCUCGCAUUUUUUGCAUGCGUUUGAAAUUGAAAUUAAAAUUGUUUUUUCAUACUUUAUUGUCGACUUCAAACGUGACGCCUCGAUAAUCUUCCGUUUUUGUUGGGUUGGCAUGUGCGAUCUCGUAUCCACUGUAAAAGUACCGCAUCCGUAGUAAUUGCAAUACUUCUGCAUAAGUAUCUAUAAGAAUCUCGUGCUUGCUGGGCGUAGGAUCCUUAUGAUUAUGAUGUAGCCCCUCAGUCUAUUGUAUGUUGUUGAGAAAAUUUGUAGUGCCGUCACUGCUAGUGCAAUACUUUUGCAAUGCAUAUCCUAAUGUUGAUGAUUUCCACCGGGACUAUCGCACAAAGAAAAGCUGGCACGUCAUACCGGUACUGCUGCACAAAGGUGGAAAUUGAAAAAUCUGUGACCGUCGUCGAGCCUUGAGCACGCUGCUUAGGAUGCGCAAUGCAGAUUUUGCCACGUAUUUAGUGAUUACAGAUAAGUUUUGCCCUGCCAGCUUCUUUCUGUGCGAUAGGCACGGACGGGUACGCAGGAGCCUUCCACUGGCCCCUCCUGGAAAUGAAGUCCCACGCUGAGGUAGGUAUUUUUAUACCUGCUUACGAAGGAAAUUCGUAGUACGUAGUGCUGGUCUUACGAGUACGUAUUUGCAUCACAGAUAUUAUCUGUAACAAGGAGUCUAGACGUGACCGGGGGGGUCACGUCCGUCCGGCCGGCCGGACGGACGGCACGUGACCGGGGGUCCGUCGUGGCGCUAGGAGGUGGUGGCCGCGGUGGACCGCGCGCCCGGGCAACUAAAAAAAAAAAAGGUCAUGAGCUCGGUCCUUCACUGAAGAACUGCAACUGCCUCUCUUCGUCACGCUCCGCCCCCGGUCACGCGGCCGGGGGCUGUUAGCUAGCUCGGGCGCCCAACUAAAAAAAAAAAGGUCAUGAGUUCGGUCUUUCACGGAAAAACAAAAAAAGGCACGACUCUUGCCCCUGGUCCGCCGUCGGUGACGCGGCCGGGGGCUUCUAGCUACCGAGGGCCAAAGUUGCUGCGGCAUUCAGCGCCGAACUCGCCCCGAGGCCGGACUACCCCCGGUCACGUGCCGUCCGUCCGGCCGGACGGACGGACGUGACCCCCCCGGUCACGUCGAGGUUCCCUGUUACUAUAUUCUAAGAUAUGACCUUUCCAGCUUCUUUCUGUGCGAUAGGCACGGACGGGUACUCAGGAGCCUUCCACUGGCCCAUCCUGGAAAUGAAGUCGCACGCUGAGGUAGGUAUUUUUGACCUUACCAGGAGAAAUAGAAGUAGUGUUGGAGUUGGGCGCUUGUACUAAUGCAUAUUUGGAUCGAAUACGAACUCGCAUUUGAGUACGACUAUAAUCCGAAUUCUCGACAAAACUAUAACAGCUCGGCUUCCCGGUGCAGCGACCUUUUUCCCUUAUGUUCACCGUAUCAAGUGCUAAUAUGCCCCCUUAGUUUGGAAAGUUGUGAUGCUGAUGUGUGGAUACUAAGCAACGGAACCUUGUACUUAGUUACGGUGCCACGCAGGGCAAGUUUUCGAGCCGAAUGACAAAUCGUGUUUUGGCAUUGCAAGAAAAAGACACUAUAUCGGCACGCACAUAAAAAAUCUUUUUCUCCUGUCAGCCAAGCAUGACAUUUUCCACACCAAGACAUAUGUGCAAUGCAUACACCAAGAAGGAUAUCAUCAACGCGCACACACAAGUGACUUUCAUAUCAUAUCUCCCGCAAAAGCAAGUAAUAAUAAAUCGGACGAAUCUUCGAAAGAGGCGCCUUCUUGCAGGAGCAUAUCCAUGCUACUUAUGCUAGGUCCUGACGGUACAGCAUAAGUACAACAUUUCUUGCCGUGCCUCUACUGAACGAGAAGAAAAAAUUCCCUAAAUGUCUGUGCAUGAAGGGUGUAUGAGUAUGUGACCGUAAGAGUACUACUUAAUAAAUGGAUUAGGUUUCCUCGUGGCAGCUUUUGUUGUACUGCAUAUACCUCUCCGAACAACGAUUUGCGAUCUAAUGAGCCAGUACCUGUUGAUAUGCCAUUUAAUCUUACCCCCGCCGCAGUGCCUUUGCAUUUGAAUUGUUUGUCCAACUAAAACUGCACACAACACGUAGGACGAGCUCGAGCCCUGCUCCGGGGGUACAUGAUUUGGCGUGUUGCAUAUCUGAGCGCAAACAGUCUUUCGGGAACUGCCAUCGAGGUGAUCGGUGGUACGACGUGCGAUAUGGACAAAUUGAAAAGCGACGCAUACACUAUGGAGACUGAGAGCGGCAGCGGGAAUACAACAAUAUCUUCGUGGAAACGCUUUUCUUUUUUGUCAGUAUCUAUCUGCCCUCCUUCGUUCGCCGGAAUCACACAUACAGCGCUUCGAGAAUAACUGACUUUACUAUGUUGGCACCACUGCACGACGUGUCAUCCAAUUUGGUACCUUUGAUGCAUUUUCACGAAACAAACAAAUUGUAAAAAUAAGAAAUCGAUGCGCUUUAUCCUAUCUGUAGGGAACGUGGUCGCAGCUCUUGCUACCGAACCCUGCUGAUUAUACGUUGGCAGUACAACAAACAACAAAGGGAUGGCGUUUCCCACGGGAUAAUUCGAAACUACCGACUGGGAUUUCUCCGGCGUGAUGCUCACUACCUGUGCCGUUUUUAUGACCUGCCAGUACGUACAAGAGUGUAGGACACACGCACAAACAAGGUAAAGAAGCUUCUAUGAGGUUUUAGACGCACGAUUGAGUAAGUAGCAUUUCUAGCCUUCUAUGCAUGUUCGCUCCGGCUCGUCCGAUUGCGGCUGCGGAUUUUUAGCACGGGUCCUACCGUGCCGGAAAAUCAUCAACAAUGCGAUGCGAGGAGCGGCAGACGUCAACGACAUCUUUAAUAUCUUUCAGGUGUUCACAGAUGACUACGAUGGUAUACGGAGGCGUUUUCGGCGGUCUGUUUUUCCUUUUCAUAGGAGUAAACAUGGCGCUCGCAACUGCGCUGUUCAUACAGUGUGAGCCCAGCAAGAAGAAAUCCGUGAAGAAGCGGAAACAGGCCCGGUUGCGGUCCUUGGUGGCGAGCUGCGGAACCUGCUGCACGUUUUUGACGAUGUGGCUAUUAUUUUGGGUUAUGGCCCUCGCCGGGUAUAGUUUUACCGGGGCGGCCUUUAUCCCAACCUUCGUGAUAGGAAACUUUUCCUACGGUUUCCUCGGCGGCGUCGGCAUUCUCAUGUUCCUCGCGCUGAUCAAUUCAAGUAUGCAAGUGGAAGUACGCGUAGGACGUUCGUUUUCAUCUGCAUUUCCGACCAGCAGGCCACAGUAGCACGGCCGCAAAACGUAAUAACUCGGACUACUUCUACAUCAUCUACUUCUCAAAUAUGGUCCACGGCGCGCAUUCUGGUGCUGACUAAGAAAGUAGUGCGUGCUUUUUUUUGUAUUCAUUUUCAUUGAUAGAAGAAGAUAAAUGUUCAUUAUCUUCGAACGGCUGGCGAGCCUGUGACUCCAGGCAGAGAGAAGAUAAGGGUAGGUAAUUUGAUAGGUAUGCGAGGGUCGGGCCCCUUCUCCUCAUUGCUCUACUAUGUAUCUGCUUGGCUAAAAAUGGGCAAGCGCCCCGUCCCGGCUAGACGCCGCCCGAUUCGAUCGCGCGAUCGAAAUUUUCCCCACCCUCCCGCCCUGGAGUGGUAUCAGGAUCGUGCAUACUCGCUGGUAGGCUUUGCCUACCCUCUUCCCCAUCGCUGUCAGAGUAUGCGCCCUGCCGCCAUGACAGGACGGCGCGAGACAUGUGAUACAAAUUACCGAAAUUUAAAUUUCAGUUUGUUGAACACGACGAACAAUAGACAAAGAAGCAGUACUGCGCUAGGGCUAGCAGCGUAGUUGCUUCUGCUGGUAAAAAUAAGAUGUUGAACCACGUCACUGACACGAAUUUUCAUCCUGAGAUCGCUACGGUACGCUUCCUUGAAAGACAAGGACGAGGGAGAAGACGACGAGUGGUAUGGAUAUCACGAUGAAGAAAUAAAGGGCUGCUGAGUCCGUUUGAAAUGAUCAUGUUGGCAUGACAAAAGUCUAUCGGAAAGAUUGAGUCACUGUGUAGUUCUCCUUGCAUAAUAUAUGUAUGUUCGUUGGCAUGAACAUGAUGAUGUUGACAGGAUGAAUCGCCUAAGGAGGCUAUUCGAGGCGAGAACAAUAGUAUCUAUGAUUUUUUCUGCCAGGUUAAUGAAAAACAAAAACCUGCUCAUGCCGUGAUGACUCAGGAUCCGGAUCCUGGUUUCGUUUCGAUACUACGGAAGGCGGUGGAGACGACUGGUAUGGCGAUGAGCAGUGGUAGGUAGAAAAAACAACGAUUGAAUGAGAAUACAUGAAUGAAUCACAUGUUGUAGUACCCAGUACGAUCAAGACCAAAUUUUGUACUCGUCACGGGUUGCACUUACAUGAUCGCUUCCUUUAUUGCCUUCCCCUUUGCCUAGGCCUUCUAGUUUGUGUUUGAGGCACCACGCGAAAAUUUCCACUGAAGCUGAAAAUGGAGAGGUUCAGAAAUGAGAGAACAAAUCCCGAUCCCGCCAAAUCCUGCUGAUGGCAAAGCGGACUUCACUGCUAGGGGAUAGCAUAUUUUCUCGACACGACCUGCUGUGC